AAUGUGAAAUGAAAGAGGAACAAUGGGAAAAGGUGGUGGUGGCAACUGCAGAAAAAGGUAGUGGGAGAAUUGAGCUUAUUUAGCUUCGACACUGCUCUCUCGGAGUCAAUAUCUACUCUCUCCACGUGGAACAAUUUGUUCUCUUUUUCUAAUAGAAUGGCCAAGUAUAAUAUUGCAUUGUGUAUCUUUUUGCUGUCUUUACUGUACAUCACACAUGGGAAACGAAAGUCCAAUGAAUUUGAUGUCCUGAUAUUUACUCAAGUAUGGCCAUUGACAGCUUGCUUUGUAUGGAAAGAAAGUUCCGAGAAACACAGUUGUUCGUUACCUAAACGAGAUGAAUGGACUAUCCACGGUAUUUGGCCGACGAGAUAUAAUACGUUAGGCCCAGAGUUUUGCAACAAAUCGCUGCCGUUUAACCCAAGCGUUCUAGCGCCUUUGGAAAGUCAAUUAAAAGAGAACUGGAAAGAUGUUCACAACGGAUCCAACCCUUAUUCAUUUUGGGGUCACGAAUGGAAUAAACACGGCACCUGUGCAGUUGUAAUAAAAGAAUUAAACAAUGAAUAUAACUAUUUUCAAGAAGGAUUAAAACUUCUCGAUAUGUAUAAUAUGAUGGACGUACUUGCAAAAGCAAAUAUUUUACCAGGGCAAAAAUAUAUGGUAGAAGAUAUGUUGGAAGGAAUUCAAGGGGUAUUGAACAAGAGAGGCCAAAUAAUGUGCGUGCACAACGAGAAAACGGGUGAAUUGUAUGUGAACGAGAUAAGAAUCUGUUUCGACAAAGCAUUGCAGUUGGUAGACUGUGAUGGCAUUCGUGAAUUCCCUACAAAUUGUGAUAGAUCCAAACAGAUAACAUAUCCUAGCUCCGUACCACACGAUAAUCGUGUAGUACAGAUAUAACUAUAAUAAUAAUAAUAUUAAAAUCAUUGUGUGUGUGUGUGUGUGCACAAACUAGAUAAAAAAUUAUUAAAUAUUACAUAUAUCACACAUAUAUGACAUAUGCACUCAAAAUAAUUUGUCAUGGGCAUCACUGGCUACAUCAUUCCACCUUCUUUUGGACGAUUACAACUGCUGAAGGUACCAGACCUGCAAGUUAAAUAAAAAUAUAUUAUGCUAUCUUCAAUAAAAUAAAAAAGAAAUUCAUAUUGCACUUGCAAUAAUGUCAUCAUUACAACUGACAGAAUAUUGCAUAAUAUAUUGCAUAAUAUAUUGAAAAAUAUUAAUUGAUAAAACUGCACUAAUUGUAUUAAUAAAUAAUAUUUUGUAUAAGUUAUAUUAUGUAUGUAUAUGUUAGUGAUCAAUGUUCAAUUGUGCAAUCACUAGCAAAUACGCGCGCGCGCUUCCUACUAUAUGUAUGCUAUACCACAAUAAAUUAUCAAUGCAACAUACCUAAUA